CUAUAGACUGGUCCCCUCUCUUCUCCGGAUGACUCCUUCUGAGGUUUCAGCCUAAAUGUCACCACAGAGAGACCUUUCCCCACAUCGGAACGCUGAAACGUAAGGCCACCACCGGGUCCCCAGAGCCUGCACUGAUCGCGCACCUGUUCGCGCCCUGCGCCCAGCUGCAAGCAUCUCUGUUUCGGGAAGUUGCUGCUGUUUACCGCUGGGAUUGCCCACCAGGUCCUGGACUUAGCCGCGGGGCUUCUCACAGACAGAGUCGGCUGCAACCCAGGACCUCACACCUGACCCCGGAACCCGCCGGCGCCAGGCAGCGGGAACCAGGUUCUUCCGCCACCUCCCAGCCAGGGCCUGGCCGCCCCUCCCACAGAAUGCCCGAGGGCCCUGAGCUGCAUCUGGCCAGCCAGUUUGUGAACGAGGCUUGCAGGGAGCUGGUGUUUGGUGGGUGUGUGGAGAAGUCACCCGUCAGUCGCAACCCUGAGGUGCCCUUUGAGAGCAGUGCCUACGGCAUCUCGGCAUUGGCCCGCGGCAAGGAGCUGCGCCUGACCCUGAGCCCUCUGCCUGGGGCCCAGCCCCCACGGGAGCCACUGGCCCUUGUCUUCCGCUUUGGCAUGACUGGCUCCUUCCAGCUGGUGCCCAGCGAUGCGCUGCCACCCCACGCCCACCUGCGCUUUUACACAGCUCCACCUGGCCCCCGACUUGCCCUCUGCUUUGUGGACAUCCGCCGAUUCGGCCGCUGGGACCUCGGGGGCGAGUGGCAGCCAGGCCGCGGGCCGUGUGUCUUGCUGGAGUACGAGCAGUUCAGGGAGAAUGUGUUACGAAACCUAGCAGACAAGGCCUUUGACCGGCCCAUCUGUGAGGCCCUGCUGGACCAGAGGUUCUUUAAUGGCAUUGGCAACUAUCUGCGGGCGGAGAUCCUCUACCGGCUGAGGAUCCCCCCCUUCGAGAAGGCCCGCACAGUUCUGGAGGCCCUGCAGCAGCGCAGGCCGGUCCUACCCCUGCCCCUUCUCCAGAGCCCGGAGCUGACCCUGAGCCAGAAGAUCAGGGCCAAGCUGCAGAACCCCGACCUGCUGGAGCUGUGCCACUCGGUGCCCAAGGAAGUGGUCCAGCUGGGGGGCAAAGGCUACGGGUCGGAGAGCGGGGAGGAGGACUUUGCUGCCUUCCGAGCCUGGCUGCGGUGUUACAGUGCACCAGGCAUGAGCUCCCUGCGGGACCGGCAUGGCCGCACCAUCUGGUUCCAGGGGGAUCCUGGACCCCUGGCACCCAAAGGGGGCAAGUCCCGCAAGAAGAAGUCCCAGGGAGCACAGCAGGGUCCUGAGGACAGAGCAGAGGACCCUCCAUCUCCAAACAAGGCUCCUUCAAGGACACGAAGGGCACAGAGAGGCCUUCCUAAACAGACUACAGCCCAGGUGCCCGAGGGGACCAGCCUCCACCAGGACCCAGAAGCCCCCCCAGUCCCUGACACAGGGAAGAGGAGGCGGCAACCAGCACCCUCAGGCCGCCGCAGAACCCGAAAGACCAAGGCUGACACCCCAUCCUUGGAGCCUGAGGGGACCUUAGCCUCCUAGCAAGAGGCUCUUCUUGCUUGUAUCCACCCCUCCUCCUGGCACCCUGGAUCUGGGCCUGUGUGGCUUCCUAGAAGUUGCAGGGAACUGGAUGCUCCAACCCUAUGGCCAUUCCCUACACAAUUACGUUUUUAAUUGUACCCCACUAUCCUCAUUUUUUAAGCCUAUGUGAAAAAUGCUAAUUUUUAGUAAAUGCAUAAACUUGAA